AUGUGCAAGCCAUCAGAGGGCGUGGUAAUCCCCUUCCGCUCCGCUAAUUAUGAAACCCCUCCAACCCGCAAAUGGAUGAAGCCCAAGCCCUCUCCGCCCGCUUGCGCGGAAUACCUUGACAAACUCGUCAAGUAUUUCGCCCACUUUGACCCCGUUCACAGAUUAACAGAGUUCCUGGAGCCCUUUGAGAGAGUAAUCCAACCAGAGGAGCUGUGGCUCUACAAAAACCCCUUGGUGGAGUCAGACCACAUCCCCAAGAGGGUCAUGUUCGCAAUUUCGUUUCUCACUCCUUUGGCUGUGAUAUUCGUGGUGAAGAUCAUUCGGCGGACAGAUAAGACAGAAAUCAAGGAAGCGUGUCUAGCUGUCUCACUGGCUCUAGCCUUGAAUGGAGUCUUCACAAACACUAUCAAGUUGAUCGUUGGCAGACCCAGGCCAGACUACUUCCAGCGCUGUUUCCCAGAUGGACAGGUGAARGUUAAGAUGCUGUGCACCGGAGAACCAUACCUGGUGUCAGAGGGACGCAAGAGUUUCCCAAGCAGCCACUCUUCUUUUGCAUUCUCUGGCUUGGGCUUCACCUCCUUCUACCUGGCUGGYAAGCUGCAUUGCUUCACGGACCAGGGCCGUGGGCGCAGCUGGCGUCUGUGUGCCAUGUUGCUGCCCCUCUACAGUGCUGUGAUGAUCGCCCUGUCKCGCACCUGUGACUACAAACACCACUGGCAAGAUGCCUUUGUUGGAGGGGUGAUCGGCCUGCUCUUUGCCUACAUCUGCUACCGGCAGCACUACCCCCCGUUCCUGCACACGGACUGCCAUCUGCCUUACGCCAGUCUGGCCAAAGCCCAUGGCAAUCCCCUGGUCCUGCCCACCGAGAACACCACCAGCAUGCCUCUGAAGGGGCUGACAGUGGGGCCUGUAUGA